UUAGACGUUUAGUCAGCUUACUCUAGUUUAUAUUAUUCAAAUUUAAGUGAUUACCUUGUGACAAAUCAAAGUGGCUUCAUUUUUUUCAGAAUGAUUUACAGUAGUGCAGGUGAAUGGAUUGCACUUCUGUUGCUUUUGUUCCUAAACAAAGAGACCACGGAUGCUACAAGCACUAAUGGAACGAUUGAGUACCGACUUCCAAAAGAUGUUAUUCCAAUUUCAUAUGAAAUUAAGCUGACACCACAUAUUUUCGAAGGAAAUUUCACAUUUGACGGACAUUCUCAAGUUCGUUUCAAUCUUCUAAGAGAAUCUUCAAGUAUUACUUUACAUGCUCACAGUACACUAAAAAUUGAUGAAGUAUCAACGAAUCUUACUUACGCCAACGGUACUAAUGUCAAACCAAAACUACAAACUCGAAUAAAUGAGACAGAUUUUUUAAUACUGGAUUUCGAGCAACCACUUGAACCUGGAAACUAUUCAUUGACGUUUAAAUAUGUCGGUAAUAUCAGCAGUGUUCCUGUUGGUGUAUAUAGGUCAUCGUAUCUCAAUGACAAAAAUGAAAAAGUGUGGUUAGUAGCUACGCGUUUCUCACCAACAAAAGCUCGCCGAGCAUUUCCGUGUUGGGAUGAACCGGAAUAUAAAUCAAUUUUCAAUUUGUCACUUAAUCAUUACAAAAAUUACACAGCAGUUUCAAACAUGCCAAUAUCCUCAUCAAUCGAAUCUGGAGACGAUAAAGUUUGGACGAAUUUUCAACCUACACUACCUAUGUCAACUUAUCUUGUUGCAUUUGUACUUUCUGACUUUGAAUGUGUGUCUAACGCUGACAAAACCUUCAACACAUGUUCUAGUAAAAAAUCUUACAAUGGUAUAAAAUUCAUUCAAAGUGUUGGUGAAAAGGCUUUACCUCUUCUAACUCAAUACACUGGAAUAGAAUACACUUUACCCAAACUCGAUAAUUAUUUGAUUCCUGACGCUGAGUCCGGGGGCAUGGAAAAUUGGGGAUUAAUUAUUUAUCGUGAAAACAAUGCCCUUGUCAAUGAUAAUGUGGCUGUUGCAACAAAACGAACCGCAGCUGAAUUGAUUAUUCAUGAGUUAGCUCAUCAGUGGUUUGGAAAUUUAGUCACGCCUGUAUGGUGGAAAUACGUUUGGUUAAAAGAAGGCUUAUCUCUUUACUUUCAGUUUUAUAUUGCAAAUAAGAUAUUCCCUGACUGGGAUAUGAUGAACAUGUUUGUAGCUCGUAUUCUUCAAUCGAGUGCUUUCACAAUGGAUGCAACAACUCAUUACAACUACCUAAAUUGGAAUCCUAAAAGUCCUAUUGAAAUAAAAUCACAAUUUUCAACAAUGACUUAUCACAAAGGAGCAGUAGUUAUGCACAUGUUGAAUAACAUUUUGACCGAAGAAGUUUUCCAAGAGGGUGUUCGUAAAUACUUGAAAGAUCAUCAAUUUAAUGUCACUACAUCUGAUGAUUUUUGGAAAGCUAUGCAAAUCGCUCAUGACAAUUCUAAACCAAAAGUGAAUAUUAAAGUAAAAGACGUAAUGGAACCUUGGGUUGAACAAAAAGGUUAUCCGGUAGUUAAAGUUGUAAGAGAUUAUGAAACUGGUACAGCAACUUUUACACAAAAUAGCAAUCUUGCAAGUGAACCAUCUAACAAAUGGUGUGUUCCAAUAAAUUAUGUAACCAAAUCGGAACCAUCUUGUUCAUGCAUGACUCCAUCCCAUUGGUUGAAACCAAUAGACCAACAAUUGAUAAUCGAAGGUAUCAAUAAAGACGACUGGCUUCUUGUAAAUCGAAGACAAUCUGGAUACUAUCGCGUUGACUAUGACCCGGAAAAUUGGAAAAAAAUAACUGAAUUUUUGAUCAAUGACGAUUACAAAAUGAUACAUGUUUUGAAUCGUGGUCAAGUUAUUAAUGAUUUGUUUUACAUGGCUACAAAUGAUAGACAAAAUUUCACAACUUUUUUGGAACUCACUAAAUAUCUUUCUCGCGAAGUUGAUCUCAUUCCUUGGCGUCAUGCAAUCAACUCUUUUAAAUCCAUGAAACGUAAAAUGGUGGAUCAAAAAUUUUACUCUUAUCUUAAGCAAUACUUUUUAAUUUUGAUGAAAAAAGUCAUUGAAGAAGUGGGUUUUGAAGAACGUUCUACGGAUUCAUAUAUGAUGAAGAAAACAAGAUCAGAAAUUUUAACAUUUGCUUGUGAACUUGGUCACACUGAAUGUAAUACUAUUGCUUCAAAUAAGUUGUUAGCUUACUUAGAAAAUCCAGAACAAAAUCCAUUACCACCUAAUUUAGAAAAUUGUAUCCUUUGUUCUGGAGCCAAUAGCACAAAAAUAGAAACUCUUUUGCUGAAAAAGAUUGAGAACGGAGAGUCAAAGUAUAUCAAAUACUUAGGAUGCGCUAAAAAUAAAACUUAUUUACGACAAUAUAUUGAAACAGCUCUGACGAAUACUAGUAUUCCAAAAAAUAAUGUACGAAUGGCACUUGUUUACAUUGCUGAUUUUAGCGAAGAAAAUUGGGACUAUGCUGUCGACUAUUACAUAAAAAAUUUCAAUCGAAUUGAAAAAUUCUUAAACCAAUCUCAUUAUACCUCUUCAACGUUAAAUGAUUACAUAUAUCGGACUCCUACAGCUGAUAGAAUGGAGAAGAUUAGUGAGUUCGUUGAUAAGAACGAAGAUCGUUUAGCGCCUUGGAUAAAAAUGGCUAUUUCUCAGCAAUCAAAAAAAUUGGAAUGGAGUAAAGUAAAUGCGCCAAUUCUCAACGCAUGGCUUGAAAAAGAAAUAGAUCAAACUCAAACACCAGCAUCAGCAACAGCUUGAUUGAUAAUUUGUUUAUUAUUACAAUUAUUUUAUAUUGUGUUUACAGAAUAUUAUUGUAGUAGGCUUUAUUGUAUUAUAUUAUCUUAACUGUUUAAAGAUACUAGAAAUUAUUAAAUAUGCAGCAAAUAAAUGUCAAUGUUUAUUCACACUUUAUCUUA